CAGUGUGGCUUUUAGCUUCCUGAAUUGGAAGUCUUCGAUUUGGCUUCCAGGGAUCUAGUGUAGCACAUACAGAAGAUACAGCCCCGUAGAAAUUAUAAACCAUGUCUGUGGGAUUGCGUGUUGUCCGUGGUCCAGACUGGAGCCAUGGAAAUGCCGAUCAUGGUGAAGGUCACAUGGGAACCGUCAUCAAGGACGAUACAGAUAACUAUGACGUGAUUUGGGACAAAGGCGGGAAAAGUAACUGUCGGACGGGCAAAGACGGCAAAUAUGACUUGAGGAUUUUGGAUAAUGCCCCUAUUGGGGUAAAACAUACUGGUGUGAAUUGCUCGAAUUGCAAAAAAGUCAUCCAAGGCAUGCGCUGGCGGUGUACACAGUGCCCGGAUAUUGACCUCUGUAGCCAGUGCUACUUUACCUCCCAACACAACUUGGACCAUGUCUUCCAACGUAUGGAUAAGUCCGGAGGCACGUGGGUGACUGUAACGAAAAGGUCUGCGGAAACCAAGAUCCGGGCCAUGGGGAUCUUCCCCGGAGCCAAGGUCCAGAGGGGUGCUCACUGGGAGUUCGGGGACCAGGAUGGAGGUAUAGGAGCCAGAGGAACAGUAGUUGAUAUCAGACCAUACGGUUCGGCGGUGGGCACGAGGAAUGCGGUGAAGGUCAAAUGGCCAAAUAACGAAUCGAAUGUGUACCGAGUGGGCAGUCAGGGAAAAGUGGAUGUAAAAUGUGUGGAGGACGCGCAGGGCUUCUACUACUAUCGGGGACACCUGCCAGUGGCCGGGGCGAAAGCGGAUACCGGAGCGAAAUCUAAAGUGCCAAUUAGCCCUCCGCGCAAGACGCCGUCAACAUCAAAGUUCAAUGUGGGGGACAAAGUCUGCGUCCAUCUUCCACCAGAAUCGCUGAAGGAGGUACAGAGAGGUCACGGGGGAUGGAGCAUGCGCAUGAGUGAGUGUAUCGGGGAGACGAUGAGGGUGAAGAGAAUAAUCGACGAUUCGACAGUUGAAGUGGAGCAUAACGGGACCACGUGGCAGUUUUACAAGGGAGCAUUGUCAAAGGUGGAUACCUUCAAUAUUAACGACACCGUACGUGUCCUUGGAGACAAGAGAAAAGUGGAGCUGAUGCAAAGGAACCACGGGGGAUGGGACGACCAAAUGGAUAAGGCGCUGAAUAAGGUGGGUCGAGUGGUCAAGAUAGACUCUGACGGGGAUGUGGCCGUGGCCUUUGGACAACAUACAUGGGUAUUUAAUCCAGCCUGUCUCCUUUCCGCACCAGGGGCCAAGACUGAAACCCUAAAGGUCCAGGAGGAUUUCAGUACUUCGCGCUCAUCAGCCACGUCAGCAGCUGAUAUGUCCGACGGAAUGACACGCAUGAUUGCCCAUCUCCUCGUACUAGACGCCCUAGCAAGCCGAGCCGUCGGACCGGAACAGAUUGUUACUGCGGCUGCGCGUGGAGAUUUAUCAGCAGUUAAAAACCUUCUAGGAAAGAACAAAGAUUUGGCUAACUGCACCUUUAAGAACCUGACACCACUUAUGAUAUCUGCCCACGAGGGACAUGAGGACGUGGUCAAACUUCUAGUGGACAAUGGGGCCAAAGUUAACGCUACAAAUCCAGAGAACACUACAGCACUUCUCUCUGCCAUCGCCGGAAAGAAGGAAGCAGUUGCGGCCUACCUGGUCCAGAAAGGCGCCAACGUCAAUGUGGCCAACAUGCAUGGUCGAUCCACUGCUCAUACUGCUGCGUAUGAGGGCAUGAACAACAUUCUCAAAAUGGUACUGGAGAAGGGCUGCAACCCAAAUAAUCGGGAUUCCGAUGGGGACACCCCUCUACACGACGCCAUUAUGAAGCGGAACGACAGGGGAGUUAACCUGCUGCUCAGUCACCCAAAACUAGACCACAAGGUCACCAACCAGAGAGGGUUCAACCCCCUACAAUGGGCAGCCUUCAAAGGCAACGAGUUUGCGACCGAGAGGAUUCUGGCUAAGGCCCCCGGCAUAGUGGACAUCCGAAAGACUGAUGGCCACUCGGCCCUGCAUAUUGCUGCAAUCAACAACCACAGCGAGAUCGCUAAUCUGCUUAUACUUAAAGGUAAAGCUACUGUUGACAUAAAGAACAAGGGUGAUCUGACACCACUACAUCUUGCCGCACACCAAGGCUACCUGGAGACUGUACAGGUCCUACUCCAGCACGGCGCUUCUGUGACUGUGACUGACGAUGAUGGGGACACGCCCCUCCACCUGGCAUUGGGAGGACGCAGAGACGGGACGGCGGACCCGUUGUUGACUCUGCUUGGCAUUUCGAGAAUAGCCAACACACAGGAAGAUAAUGAACGCUGCAAAGUCGCAUGUAAACUGAUAGAAAAGGGAGGUAACCCUCAGGCCAGGAACAACAGAAACAGGACCCCACUGGAGGUCUGCCGCAGUGACAGGGUGAAGGAAGCCGUCAGCAACUUUGCUGCAAAAAUGCGACCUCAGACGGCACAACGUACCCUUGGAGAUCAGCUACUAGAAGAACUCUUCUCGGAACUCCCUCUACCUUGUGCCUUGUGUAAGGAGCGACUCGCUGACGCACGGUUUCUACCCUGUCGACACAAGGUGUCUUGUAAGAAUUGCUGUCUCAAGUUCCGGUGUUGCCCGAUGUGUAAACAGAAUGUUGCCAAAUGCGUAGACUUAGAGGGAAGACAGAUAGUGGAUGUGCCAUGCCAUGUCCAGUGAUGGUGUAUCUUCAGGAAUGACGUCACCGUCGGUGUGUGACUUCAAUAGUUAUCCCCUUAGCAGAGACAGAACGUGUGGCCAUUAACAUGAUCAUGAAUUGCCUUGUAAUACAGACCGCUGAUACUUUCUGUAAAAAGAAUUGUAUUUAUAGCAUCAACUUUAUCAAUCUGUGUCACCAAAUGUCAUAUUUUACGACUUGUAAAUGUAAUAAUCUCAUGUACAUGUACUUUGAACUGAUUUUAUUAAGAACUAACAAAGCUAUUGAACAAUUUAGAAAUAUUAACAAUUUAUUUAACAUAUAUAUUACAAUAGUUAUGUAUUUCAACUUUCAAUUGGUAUAACAUACUAGGUACGCUUAAAAGAAACGAAAAUCGUAACGUAAAGAAGACAGAAAAGUAUAAAGAGGGACAAAAGAAAUCAAAUUAAAAAAAAAUUAAAUUAAACGAAAGAAAAUGAUGAGGAAAGUAAGGGUAUGGGUCGGGGUAGAAAGGUUUUGUCAUUGAAGGUAGUUCACAUAGGAAUUAAAUAUCAAGCCUAAUCAAUUAUACAUUUGAGACAAUUUGUCAAUUAGUAUAAUGAUUCAAUUCACUCGUCUUUUCUUUUUUUCUUUUGACAUUUUUAUUCAGAUUUUCCACAUAAAGUAUGCACAUGAUAAUUUUCAUAAUCAUUUUGAUCAAUAGACAGAAAAGAACUGUUUCAUGCAUUUUGUCAUCACAUUAUUCACUCGUACUUUUGAUGUAACAUACACAGUACACUUUAAGUAUUAUUAUCAUUAUCUGUUAACACAUUACCGCGGCCAGGCCUGACCAUGUCCGGUAAACCUUUGUAGAUAUAAAAUCUAAAGAAAUACUUACGCUAGAGGAAUUGCAGUUAGGAUGUGGGGCAUAUUUCAUUGUGUAUUAGUGUAAGUUAAUAAGAGGUUAAAUCUAAAUUGGAUGCAUUGUUAUCGACUAACAAUGGAAUACUGUAAAUUAUUGUCUCUUCAUUAUGAUGAAAUUCUGGAUAUCCAUGUACUUACUUCCCAUUGGUGUUGUCCAGAUCCGUUUAUGUUUUGUCAGACCUUGAAAUGGCAGAGACUGAAAUAAUUUGUCCGGCGAGUGUACAUGUGUACCUCCCAACUGACCAAAUUUUGGGCUGAAAUUUCUGAGGUUUUUCUGUCAAAAUGUCCUCAGGAAGGAAAUGAACCCAUACUUCAAGAUGAAGAUUGUGAGUCUUUCGUAGAUCUAACUGAAACAGCGAAACGAUCCCUGUAGCUUACAUCUGCGAAGACCAACACCAACCGCCACAUAACAGCAAUAAAGUACAUUUAUGGUGUACAUAGACAGUACAACCACGUUAUAUUGCAAUUUGUUAUGUACAUUUUUUUCAUUUCUUUCAUAAUAUACAUUAACAUUUCAAAGUUUAUUGUGAAGACCUUGAAGGUCAAGCUAGAGCCAAGAACAUCAACAAUGUUGUUUUAUAACGAUGAUCAAGCUUCCUUGAGCAUCUCUUUUAGAAUCCUGUAAUGUUUUGAUACUGUCGAAUAAAUUUACCAAAUAACCAAUCAUAAGUUGAUCCAAACAAAUGUUCAUACUAACACCAACUCAUUGUAAUAGUUAAACGCAGACAAGUGUUGUAUAUCUGUUCAGUAUACAAUAUUAUGCUUCAACUUUGUGGAGUUUCGUACUAAUCUCAGGAAGACUUCAGUCUACCCUAAGCAGGUCUCUAUAAAUAACAGUUACUUUUUUUUUCUCUUUGUUUUUAAGUUUUUGUUCGUUUUUUUUUUCCAUUUCCAUGUAAUUUGAAAUACAGCAGUGCAAAAUAUGUUUUUCUUUUUCGGCGAACCCCUUCAUUUAAAAUGUAAAAGGAAGACUUUGAAAGCGAACAAUUUUAACUCUUGUGCGACUGGCCCUUAGCCACUAACGUUUUUUUGUGAAGAAUUGCUAAGACUAGAUUAUCAUCAAUUUCAAUACUUUAAUAUUUUAGGGACAGAGAAGUGAUUUCGUAUUCACAUUGUUUCUCGAUAAAACAAACUUAUUCAAUAGCUUAUCCACAUACUUUGUCUCUUCCUUUUCAAACUGCCCGCGUUGGUUCGAAUGCUUUUUCAUAUCGCAAUUAGUCAUCAUUUCAAACAAAUGAUUCCAUGUCUUAUUGAUAGUAAUAAAGACAUUUAAAAAGACUUUUUGUGUGUGUCGAAAUAGUAACUAGAUUCAUAUAAACGAGGUGUAGUAAUAGUUUGGUAUCUGUAAGAGUUAAAUGAAUUUACUCUUUGUGUUUAGAUAUUCAAAGAAAUCUAUAUGUUUAUUCAGAUCCUUGUGGCACAGUAACGCAAUUACAACCAAUUGAAAAUAUUACACAUUGUUUAUUUACAAGAGUACAACCCCUUAAAAAUAAGUCCUUCCUGUUUUCAUUCUUUUACAAUUUGUACAUGCACGUUAAACAAUUGCUUUGUUGUAAUGUGUUGGUCGUUGUUGUCCAUCGCUUGUUUUUGGACUGUUUUGUUUAAUGUCCUAUUAACAGCCAGGGUCAUUUAAGGACGUGCCAGGUUUUGGUGGUGGAGGAAAGCCGGAGUACCCGGAGAAAAACCACCGGCCUACGGUCAGUACCUGGCAACUGCCCCACGUAGAUUUCGAACUUGCAACCCAGAGGUGGAGGCCUAGUGUUAAAGUGUCGGGACACCUUAACCACACGGCCAGUGUCAGGCAGAGACUUGGUUGGCAUUUUGACUCCACGUUUAUGCUAACUAAGAUGAUGAUUCAUCUUUUAAGAGUGUUAAUGUGUUCUAUUAUAAAGCCAACCAUGUUGAUGACGUAGUAUAUAAGAGAAUACAGCAAUUCUGAUAUCAGUUGUCCCUUACACGGAUAAACAUAACGAAAUGACAUGAACUGACAUGUCGAAAAACAAGCGACAAACUUUAAUGUCCCAAACACUUGCAUUUAUAAAGCUUGCCAUCUCCUUAUGAGUUAAUCAUACUUGGUGAACAUGUAUUUAGAAAUAGAAGGGACAAUCAGUUCAUAGAUGUUGCUGUUGAUUCGAUAUCAUAUCUUGAAACGUGAUCAACUGCAUCAUAUGUAUUACUCCAAAGGUGUCUUUUCUUUUUGUAGUCCAAAUUUUGUCUUAGUUUUAUUUUGUUUUUAAUGUAUGUACACACAAUUCAGGUAUUAAUGAUGUAGUAGUAGUAGCUCAGCCACUUACCUAUACCAUGAACAUUAGUGCCGGAUCUGCUAUACUACACGGCGGAAGUUGGCAAGGCUGGGUUACCCUCCUUUACUUUGUAGCUAAUGUUUGACGUAUGCCAAUGUUGUCGCCAAUGUUGUCACCAAUGUUGUCGCCAAUGUUGUCACUUCAGCAGGACAAUUCCUAAAAUUGUCAAAUAGUCUCUGUAAUAAUCGACAAGGAUAACUCUUAUUCGAUUUGUUUUAACAUAGAUAGUAAACUAUCUCCAGAUUUCUUCUUGUUGUUAAUUACAGCACAGCACACACCAAUGAUUAGCCUUAAUUUGUAUGCUGUAACCGACAGAUACUGUUUAUAUGAACGCUAUAUUUAUGUAAAUGCAUCAAGACAAAUACUCCCUGAAGUGUAAUUAUAGUUGUAGUUGUCUAUAUAUUAUAAAAUGUAAUUACAUUUGUGGUUUUCUAUAUAUGAUAAAAUGUAAUUAUAGUUGUGAUUUUCUAUAUAUUAUAAAAUGUAAUUACAGUUUUGGUUUUCUAUUUGUGAUAAGAUGUAAUUAUAGUUGUUGUUGUCUAUAUAUUAUAAAAUGUACUUACAGUUUUGGUUUUCUAUUAAAUAGAGUAUAAUUACA